AUACGUCAUUGAGUAUCUAAGUAGAUCAUUGUCAUUGUGAAAUGACACGUACCGGUAUAAUAUCUGUUUUAUCCACCUAGAUUAAAAAUAUCAGGAAUUUAUGAUAAAGAAUGUGGGUAUUCGGUUAUGGUUCACUUAUAUGGAAAACAGAUUUCCCAUAUGAAACGAAAUUAGUUGGCUUUGUAAGCGGUUUUGCCCGUCGAUUUUGGCAGGGAAGUGAAGACCACCGUGGAGUUCCAGGCAAGCCUGGUAGGGUUGUGACUCUGGUGCCUGAUAAAGAUGAAGUUGUAUGGGGUGUGGCUUACUAUGUUAACGAAAAUGAUGCUGAGCAGGUGCGAUCAUAUUUAGAUUAUCGAGAGAAAGACGGAUAUAAACCACACACUGUUCAAUUUAAUCCAACUUUAUCAGAGAAAGAACCUUUCGAACUAAUACUUUAUAUAGGCACAGAAGACAAUCCUUUUUUUCUGGGACCAGCGCCAAUCAAGGAUAUAGCUUCACAAAUAUACUAUUCCGUAGGUCCCAGUGGUAAAAACCUAGACUAUUUGUUAAAUCUUGCUGAAUCUUUAAGACAAUUGGCACCUCAUGCAGAAGAUAACCAUUUAUUUACUAUAGAACAGGAAGUUAAGCAUUUAUGUCAAAAUUCCAACCAAAGAAAUUCAUGAUGUGAAAUUAUUAUUUCUAAUAAAUUGAUUUUUAUCUUA